AUGAAGCUGGCGGUGGAUAAGAUGUUUCCCGAGGGCGCCGGGCCCUACAUGGACCUGGAUGAGGCGGGAGGCAGCACCAGGUUCUUGAUGGACUUGGCAACUAAUGAAAAGGCUGUUCAUGUAGACUUUUUAAAUGGUUUUGAAGAUCUCUUUGACGAUGAUGACGUCUAG